CCAUUAAAGAAAGAAAGGAGGUUGAGUAUGUGACAGCACGUUUCAUGGAUAGAACGAUGGAGUUGGAUUGGAGGUAGCGAAGUUGAAAGCUCCCAAAAUUUCCAUUAUUAUUUUUCCAAUCGACAAAGAAUGUUGGGUGCGUCGGGCGCGAAUGCCGCGGGAAAUUGAAACUGCCGCCUAACACAUCAAUGCCAUCAAACCCAUUUCAUCGUUUUCACAACACACAGAGACGAACCUUUCUCUUGGGUUACUCUUUCUUCUUCUUCCAAUUUCUGCAACCCAUUUUUUCCACGAGCAGACCCAGAGAGCCUCAGCUGGCUUUUGAUCGAAAACCCUCCGAACCUUCCUCCAUCGUUUCCGCGCUUUAAGAUUCAACGUUUAUUUUUCUUUCUCAUGUGUACGCACGUAGUUUAGUUUCGUUUUGUGUGUCGAAAAAGAUCUUACCGCUGAAGGGGAUGUUUCUGAUUUCUUGAAUCGUCUUUUGAGUCGGGUCUUGAUUUGGGGGUUCGUCUGUUUUAAUCGAUGACUUUUUUGGUGAACGAAUAAGGGUUUGUGUUUUGUUCUUACUGUGUUUUGGGUACAGGAUUCUCCGAGUUGGGUGGAUCGUUCACCGGACUCGGUAUGGCCACGCCGAACAACCUCUUGAGACUUUACCAAGUUUGGAGGGGAAGUAAUAGAUUUUUCUGUGGUGGGAGAUUGAUAUUUGGCCCUGACGUAUCAUCUCUGAUUCUCUCCAUAUGUCUUAUUGCUGGUCCUGCAGUUGCUUUCUGCGUAAAGAUAUAUUUGAAGAUCCACGAUGUUGAACCACCUGGGAACGCUCGUUGGUAUCCUGUAUUAUUUGGAGGUCUCGCCCUCACUUUUCUGGAUUUGAUAUUUCUGUUCGCGACUUCUAGUAGAGAUCCUGGAAUACUGCCUCGAAAUUCAAGGCCUCUUGAGUCAGAUGAACUAGAUGACAUGAAUACACCAUCCGUGGAAUGGAUCAAUGGAAGAACCCCACAUCUAAAAAUCCCUCGGAUUAAAGAUGUGACUAUAAAUGGUCAUACAGUAAAAGUCAAGUACUGUGACACUUGUUUAUUUUAUCGCCCUCCUCGUGCAUCUCAUUGUUCCAUAUGCAACAAUUGUGUUCAGAGAUUUGAUCAUCACUGCCCAUGGGUUGGGCAGUGCAUUGGAAUACGUAAUUAUCGGUUCUUCUUCAUGUUCAUAACGACCUCGACAAUCUUGUGUUUAUACGUGUUGUCGUUUUCGUUGUCCAUCCUUAUUCAUCAUCAAGAAGCCUUUUUCAAGGCUGUGUCCAAAGACAUCCUUUCAGAUAUUCUAGUAGUGUAUUGUUUCAUUGCCUUUUGGUUCGUUGGUGGCCUUUCUGUAUUCCAUUCUUAUCUUGUACUCACAAAUCAGACUACCUAUGAGAAUUUCCGGUAUCGGUACGACAAGAAGGAGAAUCCAUAUAAUAAAGGAACAAUGAAGAACGUUGGAGAAGUAUUUUUCUCGAAAAUUCCACCGUCAUCACAUAAGUUCCGAUCCAUUGUUGAGGAGGAUGACAUGAUGAUGGGCGUUACUCCUUAUCUUGAAGAAGGUAUUUUUAGCUCGAAGGAGAAACUUGAUAUGGAAAGGGGUACUAAAUAUUUGGAGGAUGAGACGUUCCCAACUCCUGACAUAUUGAGGAGAUUCGAAUACAUGGACGACCUGGAAGAUGAUCUGAAAAUGAUGGUAGAAGGAGAGAGACCUCAUGUUGAUCCACUGUUUCGUCUUGACCGAGAGGCAGAGGAACUUGAAGAAGGUGGCAGUGAUGGAAUACCUGAUCCUCAGCUAGAAUUAUCAAUGGAAGAUAGUGACGAAGUAGCCGUAGAAAGUUCCAUCCCUGGUGGGGUUAACACAGAUGGGACCAAGGAUGCCAAUGACUCACCUCAAGUUGAAGCUUUCAAGUUUUAGGCGUUAAAAAGAUUUUUGGUGGAACAGGUUCCAUUUUUCUGGGGAGGCAGGGAAGAGCAACGUGCAGCUAUAAACGCUUGCUGUUGUGAUUAGAAGCAGGGAGGAAGAUUGGGUUAAGAAAGAUUGGGCUGUAGAUUAGGUAAGCGAAGUGUAGAGGACAUCAGAAGCUUAUUGUGGUGGGUGAGGAAUUUUUUGUUUCGUUGUUCAACAUGUUGGUUGCUUUACGUUUUCAUGUAUCCAAAGUGGCUUUAAAAUAAAGCUCAAAUUCCACAUGCCACUUUCAGAUUCUAUUCACACACUGAUCCAUUUAUUCUUCUAUUUCUUUUA